AUGCCUUCAUAUGCUAAAUUUCUUAAAGAGAUGCUAUCCAACAAGAAAAAACUUGAGGAUGAAGAAACUGUUAUGCUUAUUGUAGAAUGCAGCGUUAUCAUUCAAAAUAACAUGCCUACUGGUAGUUUUUCCAUACCAUGCAUAAUCGGAAAGUUUAUUAUAGAUAAAGCUCUAUGUGACUUAGGAGCCAGUAUUAGUUUAAUGCCUUUAUCCAUAUGCGAAAAACUCAAUUUAGGGGAAUUAGGACCAACAAAGAUGUCUCUACAACUAGCUGACCAUUCCGUUAAAUUUCCCAUAGGAAGAUCCUUUUUAGACACAGCCGGAGCCAUCGUAGAUUUGAAGAAAGGAAGGCUAACAUUCAAAGUCGAAGAAGAAAAAGUUGAAUUUAUCUACAAGCACCAGCUAUAA